AUGGAGAUAAUUUUCACAAAAUUGCACCAUGGGGGAUCCUUUUCCAAUACGAGUGUCCCUACAUAUAUUGCAAGUUGUGUGCCAGAGUGUGCAGACCUAGAAAGAGAAAGUGUUGGUGUUGGUGAUAAUGCUAACAUAGAGAAGGAAUCUGUUGGAGUAGAGGAAGAGAGAAAGGCUGAUGUAGAAGAUGUUGGUGUACAAAGAGGUGAUGAGGCUGAUGUAGAAGAUGUUGGUAUACAAGGAGGUGAUGAGGCUGAUGUAGAAGAUAUUGGUGUACAAGGGGGUGAUGAGAAUAAUGUAGAAGAUAUCCAUGUAGAAUAUAUUAACCUAGAAGAUUUUGGUGUAGAAGGAGGUGAUGAGGCUGAUGUAGAAGACAUUAAUGUAGAAGAUGUUAAUAGGCUAGCAAAUAGAGGCUUUGGGGAUAUUGGUAAAAGUAAGGCUAUCAAAUAUUCUAGAAAGUUGAGUGGAGAUGAGGAAUAUAUUGAUAGUUCUGAUUGUUGGAGUGAAGAUAGUGAAGAGAUAGAUGUAGAUGCUGUUAAAGGAGUAGAUCUACCUAGAAGAAGGAGAAGCAAGAAAACUAGGUAUGAUGAAAAUUGUGAGUUUUCUGUGUUUGAGCUUGGAAUAAUUUUUGUGGGUGCAAAUCAGUUUAGAAAAGCUGUUGCAGAUUAUGCUGUAGAGUAUAGAAGGCAAGUGAAGUUAAAACCUAAUGAAAAACAUAGAAUAAGGGUGAAAUGCAUUGCAGCUAAUUGCAACUGGUUGCUAUUUGCUUCUACUAAUAGGGAUUCAGGUGAUUUUAUUGUUAAGAACUAUAACCCUAUUCACAAAUGUAUACCUCUAAACAAGAACAAGAUAUGUGAUUCAAAGCUGGUUGCUAGAAAGUUCAAGGACAGAAUAGUUUCUCAAUUAUACAUUAGGAUUUGGGAAAUUCAGGAUUUAGUAAGAGAGGUGUUGGGUCUUUAUGUAGGUAAAACUAUUUGUUAUAGGGCUAAACAGAUUGUUAUAAGGGCGAAUAUGAGAGAUUGGAAGCUAGAAUUUGCCAGAUUAUGUGACUAUACAGAUAUGAUCAAGACAACAAAUCCUGGAAGUUCUUGUUGGAUAAAAAUUGACAAAGAAACUGAAUCAGGAAAGAACCUCUUUGUAUAUUUCUAUGUGUGCUUUCAUGCCUUCAAGCAAGGAUGGUUAGAUGGAUGUAGAAAAAUUAUUGGUUUUGAUGGAUGCUUUCUCAAAGGAGCUUGUAAGGGUGAGUUGUUGGUUGCUGUGGGGAAAAAUGGCAACAACCAAAUAUAUCCUAUUGUAUGGGCAGUUGUGGAUACUGAAACAAAACAUAGCUGGGACUGGUUCUUAAGGUAUCUAAUUGCAGAUCUAAAUCUGAGAACUGGUGAAGGCUUUACUGUAAUAUCAGACCAACAAAAGGGUCUUGUUCCUGUUUUGAUGUAUUUGCUACCAAAUGCUGAGAGAAGAAUAUGUGCUAGACAUAUUUGGAGCAAUUGGCAUGUGCACUGGAGAGGAGAAGAGAGAAGAAAAUAG